CAGUGUAGCGCGUCACCGUCGUUUGGAGAAAAAAAAUUUGCGAAUCCAAUUUCGAAUUUCAAUUUGCGCGUCGCCGUCGUCUCCGCUUCUCCUAAUUUCGAAUUCCAAUUUCCAAGCAAUCCAUCGCCUCCACCUCCUCCACCGCCUCCGCCUCCGCCUCCACCGAUCGAGGCCGCCGUAGCUUCUCGAUCCGCGGGGAGCUCGAGCUCCAGCACCUCGGCGGGCGGCGGCCACCGGAAUUGCCGCGGAAUCCGCGCGCGUCGCCAGUCGCCGCGGCCUCCCCGUCACCUCUAACCCCUCCCGCCGCCGCCGUCCCCUUCUCCGCAGCUUCGGGAGCCGCCGCGGCGCUCUCUCAUCUCGUCGGUGCGUGGACCGCGGCCCGCGGCUUCACCCACCUCUUCCUGAAACUUCACGCGCUUACACUCAUCGUGCCCAUUUCGCAGCCGCGAGGUUAGAUUGCUCGUCGUUUGUUCACUAUGCUGCAAUGGAUGGGUGGUUCGCGGAGGAAGGUGUAUGCCUGAAACGGUUGGCGUGUAAAUCAUCAGAGCAAUCGCUGCAUUUAGCACUAUUUGUCGUGACAAACUAACAUUCGGUCAUGUUUGGGCGUCUGUGUUAUGCAUGUUUGUUCCUGAAUUGGGAGCAGUCCAGGAAAUCAACGCAGAGCAGGCAGAGGCAGUACUUUGAGCAAAAGAAAAGGCAACAGCAGAGUCCAGGAGUACAGAGCCAGGUUGAUGUAUCAGGCACUGGCAGUCAAGCUUAUCAUGAUCAGGCUCCUCGAUCGCUUGAUGUUAUAAACCUGAACAAUCUGGCAACCCCAAUUAGUCAUAGCAGUGGCCCUGAAACUGUAGAUAAUGUUGUUCCACCACUGGAUUGCACUCUUUUAAGUGCUUCUCCUAUAGAGGGACUAAAGAAGAUCACUUCUGCGUGCAGCAAUCUGAAGGAACCAUGUUCUCAGCCAAGAUUGUCAUCAUCCUCUGACCAUCACGAUGGUGCAGCUUCUGCUAACCCAUACAAGGAACCGCUUGGUUGCAAAAUACCCCCACCAAAAAGCAACAGUGUCAAGAAACAAAAUCCAAAUGUGGAACUCAAUAAUGAAAUUUCACUUUUUGAUUUGGUCAGUGAUGAGGGACCAAAUAAUAAAUCUACUGCACGACCUGCCCGUGAAGCUCAUGUUUCGUUUUCUGUUAAAGGCCUUGGCCAUGUCAAGAUGGAAACACCUCCUCAAUCACCAAGAUCCACCAAAAGGACUUUGCCUUUGCCUCCCAAGGUCAUGCGGUACACACAGAACAAAGCUAGAAGGUAUAUUCCCUUUGAUGCGACAAAGCAAUUGGAUUCUAUAAUAAAUGAUAUCAACGUGCUGAAAGAGCGAAGAUUUUCAGAAAAGAGGACUUGUCCUUUAGAUGAAUCAGGCUAUGAAAGAAGCAAACAGUCUAACUGUUAUUUUCCACAUUCAUUUGAGAACCACAAUAAUAAAUUCUUUCCUGAGGAUGAAGACAUGUUUUGUGAAACAAAAGCUGAAGAAUGUUGGCGAUCAAAGCAUGGUAGGUUGGAUGAUAAUUUAACUGAUGAAAAUUCUGAGAGAUUGUGGAAGAUGGAACCAUUUAAUUCAGAGGAUCGUUUUCCUACUCCAAUAGUGGAACAGUUUGAUACACGUGAUUAUGGUUUUAAAGAUAGAUACUCUCCAGAACAAAGAACUUCAACAAGAACUAACACAAGAUUUGAGACAUCAGGAAUUACAGCAACACAUGACCUCUUUUCUGAUCAAUCGAUGAUGGACAAUGGCAACGAUACAGUACUUUUUGACUGGGAAAGGCACCCACCAAUUAAGAAAAAAUCCAACUUAAACAGCACAUUUGGUCCUUCUGCUUGGUCUUUCGAUAUGGUAGACGAUUCAGAGAAAAGGAGAAGUCCACGGAGCGAAGAAUCAUGCUCAUCAGCUGCAGUAAUGAAGGAUGGAUCCUGCAAGAAACCAUCACUGUCGGUAGAAUGUGAAGAGAAUAAAAUGAAUGAGAAGGAUGACUUCCACAUAAGCUUUGAUAACUUAGAUAUUCCAAAAAUGGAUGCACAUCUUGAUGGAGUUUCACUAUUCGACAAUCUGGAAGAGCACCACAAAAGAACAGAUGAUCAGAAUAAUCUUGAAGCUGGAUAUUGGUCAGACAAGGCUACAGAGAAACAGAGAACUCGAGAACCAAGUUGUCGUUUAUCACUUAAGGAGAAGUUUUCCAAUUGGGGUUCUACUUCUCCUACUACCCAUUGGAAGGGUCAAACUGGAUUAAGUAACCCAUCAAGUUGCACUGUGUUGCAUGAGGAUAAGCCUUUCAAUUCUGCAUCAGAAAUGAGCACGUAUCAAACUGCAGGGUCAAGUUCACCUGAAAGGAGGCCAGCUUCAAAAGUUUCUCCUGUGUUUCAUAGACCUGACAAUGCCAUUUUUGAUGAUGACAUUCACCUACAGAGUUCUGUUUCAGAUAUAUUUGGCGAUAGAAUUGAAUUUUCAAAACCAAACUGUUCCAUGGGUCUUCAGAGUGACAUUGAUAUGAGUACUUUCUUGGCAGAGAAGGUUGACAAACGGAAAGAAGAUAAUUUAGAUACCUCCAAGAACCAAAAUGCAGACAUGUUUCUUCCAAACAAAUCUGUGAGUUCUGUUAGACAGAAUGUAGGUGGUCAACACAGUUCAUGUGCUCAGCAGCCUGGCAAGGAUUCAUUACUCCAAGGUUUCAGUCCUGGUAUUGAUUUUCAGGAUUCCAGACUAAAUUCAUUUUGGGAGGAUGGCCUUGCUGAUAAUGGCACUUUUCAGGGAGAUAUUGAACUGACCGAUCUGUUAACAAGAAAAAAUAGUGACAAGAAUGAAGACAGAAUUGAGAAGCUCUCGAAGCCAGAAACAAAAAUGUUGACAGAAACACCUCAAGCAUAUCCAGAUCACAGAAAUGAGAUGAGAGAAACUGAAACCUGUUCUGAUGGAUCAGAAGUGACUAAUCCUCCUGGAGUGCAGAAGCAAACAUCAUUAGCGACACAAGUUCCUGCAAACUUGGGUUGUCUUCAGGAAACCUCAAGAGAAAUGCUCAAGGUUCAUGCUCAUACUGAAUGUGUAAAAAGGGAAAAGAUAGAAUAUCCCUGUGUUGAUUUCAGUACUCCAUUGCAUUUGAGGAACAAGAUUCCUGAUGUUGAUCAUUCCAAAAGCAAUUUUAUGUUCCAUUCACCUUUCGUUGGAGAGGAGGUGGGGAUUGAGAAGAAGAUAAUAGCAAGUGUGUCACCGAACAACAGUGAUGUUCAGUAUAAAGUUAUGCUUGAACAUCGUGUUCUCCGAAGGCUUUGUGUUCAAAAGAUAGUGGUUGAUACACCAAUCAAGAACAAGCUAGACAAGGAUAAUCACUUCAGGAUGAUGGAGGAUGGGUAUCAUGUCCUUCCAAAAAGUGUUUAAACAGCAGCAAGGUUCUCCAAAGCAAACUGAAGAAAAGUCUUCCGAAGCCUGAACCUUAGCAUUUCAGCCAUUCCCACGGGCUGAUUGUGCUCUUUUCUUCAUUUUUUGGUUGUGUGUACGGUGUACCGAAGAGGCAAAACACACGGCUGACUACCUGACUCUCAUUGUCCGCACUGCAAAACAGAAACUCAGAUGACAAUACCACUUUGUUUGGUCCCUGAAUGUAUGCUUAUUAUAUAAUCAUAUGAACCUAAGUUAAAUUAGUUUGCAUGUAAACAUCAACCCUUCCUA